CAGCAUCAGCAUCAGCAUCAGCAUCAGCACCAGCAACAACAACAUCAACACCAAAGCCAUCGCCACCAAGAGCAACAGAAGCAGCAACAGCGGCUGCUUAUCGCUGCUGCUAAGCCGCUGUUAACGCCGCCCAGCUACCCAGCGCCACCCCGGCCGCCCAGUCGAAACGGUGGGGAUGAAGCGCGAGUCGCGAGGGCGGGAGGAAGUGGUCGCGGAGCAUCCUGCUUUACCCUCGCUCAUGGAACGCCUCUGCCGCGAGCGCCAGCACCUCGCGCCGCAGCAGCAGCAGCAGCAGGCUGGCCAUUACCGGCGCCGCCCCGCGCCAUACCGCCACCAGGAAGACCGUCAACAGCAGCACCAGCAGCAGCAGCAGCAGCAGCAGCAGCAGCAGCAAUCGUCACGACGCCGCACCGGCGCUCGCCCCCCGCGCCCUUGCGGCCAUGGGCUAGCCCGCAGUCCCAGACCCAGUCCCAGCCCCAGUCUCAGACUCAGUCUCAGACCCAGCAACAGUACCAGCAACAGCAGCAACGCGGCUCGCUCCCGUCCGCCUCGGACGCGCAGUCGCAGCAAGCACAGCAGCCGGCCCCGGGCCCGCUAACGGUCAACGCGAUGCCGCCGGCGCCGCCACCACGGCCCCCCGAGGCCGUCAGUCUUCGGGCGCCGCGACCCAAUGCCGAGCGCCUAGCCAACGAGUACGUGGAGGCGCCUUUUGGGCCACCGGGCCCCUCGCCCUCCGCCGCCCUCACCACCUGCCCCAAGCAACAGCAACAGCAGCAGCAGCAGCAGCAGCAGCAGCUGCUGCAACUGCAGCGUCAGCAUCAGUAUCAACAGCAGCAACAGCAGCAGCACCAGCAGCAACAGCAACAACGGCGUCGAUCGCCGCCCCCGACGAGUCCCGGCCGAACACCCGUCACCAAACAGCCCGUCUCAUUCACGAAGGAGCCCGCGGCCGGCACCCGGGGCCUCUCAAUAAUGUGCGAGCGCUGUAGCCGCUGCCGUUGCGAGAGUUGCCGGGAGCCGCCCCCACUGCCGAGUCGCUGGCUCUGUGACAAUGCGUGCUUCUGCUCGGCCGAAACGGCCCUCGAUUACGCGAGCUGCCUCUGCUGUGUCAAGGGCCUCUUUUACCACUGCGCGGACGGAGGCCUGGGGCCUGGGAGUCCGGCCACCCCCGAGCCCGACCCCGGGGCCGACUGCGCGGACGAGCCCUGCUCUUGUAGUGGCUCGCGCAAGGCUGCGCGCUGGACCUGCCUGGGAGCUCUAGCCCUCGUCCUGCCCUGUCUACUCUGCUAUUGGCCCCUUAGGGCCUGCGUCGCCGGCUGCGAGGCCUGCUACGCCCGCAGGGCCGCCCAGGGCUGCAGGUGCGAACAGCGCUCCCAGCUUCCGGAGGCCCUCGCCAGAGACGCCAGGGACGCGCGAGAUGCGAGGAUCACCAGGGAUGCGAGGGACUCGAGGGACCCGGAGAAAAGGCUCCUGGAGCCCGUGGGCCCGGACCUUUAGCGCCCCGGCUUGUAUCGCAUUAGUACAAGAGUUGCAUUUAAGCGCGGAGCCUGAGUGUGAGUGCGUGCGUGCGUUAAGUGCGUAAGAGUGGCGGGCUAAGCAGAGGACCCC